UUUGUUUACGAGAAUCAGAGAAAAAGUCGAAACCUUUCUUCGUUUUUUUUUUCGAUAAAAGAAAAAUCGAAACUUUCCUUGCCCAAUUUCCUCUAUUUGAGUUGGUUUUUUCAGCGAGCAUCUUUAGGGUUUAUCACUUUCCUCCUUCGAUUCGAUUUUCCGAUCCUUUUUCUCGCUGUUGCUGGAGAUGGCGGAAGAGAGGAGCUUCAACGGCGAAGCGACUGGGCAGGAGGAUGAGAGUUUCUUCGAUUCUGAUCAACAAGCCGAUGACGGCAAGUCCACGGAACUGAAUCGUAAGAUCGGACAGCUCGAGUCUCUGAAUCAGGAACUGGCCAGAGAUAACGAUGAAAUCAGUCGUAAAAUCGAGAGCUUGAAGGCGGAGAUCGAGGAGCUGAGAGGAGCCGAAUCCAAGGCCAGGCGUAAGAUGGGUGAGAUGGAGCGAGAGAUUGACAAGUCCGAUGAGGAGAGGAAGGUUCUUGAAGCCAUAGCUUCGAGAGCUUCGGAGUUAGAGACCGAAGUUGCACGGUUGCAGCAUGAACUGAUCACGGCAAAGACGGAAGGAGAAGACGUUACGGCGGAGGCGGAGAAGCUCCGUUCUGAGAUUUCACAGAGAGGUGAUGGAAUUGAGGAAUUGGAGAAAGAGGUCGCUGGUUUAAGGACUGUUAAGGAGGAGAAUGAGAAGAGAAUGAAGGAAUUGGAGACAAAGCUUGGUGCUUUGGAGGUGAAGGAGUUAGAGGAGAAGAACAAAAAGUUCCGAGCAGAGGAAGAGAUGAGGGAGAAGAUUGACAGUAAGGAGAAGGAGGUGGAUGAUUUGAAGAAGAAGAUUAAGAGUUUGGAAUCAGAUGUAGCUAAAGGGAAAGCAGAGUUGCAGAAGUGGAUUUCAGAGAAGAUGGUUGUGGAAGAGGCGUUGAAAGAUUCAGAGAAGAAGGUGGUGGCUUUGGAAUCAGAGAUUGUGGAGUUACAGAAACAGAUGGAUGAUGCUGAGAAGAUGAUCAGUGGAUUGAAGAAUAUGGUUGAGCCCCUUAAUGGUAUUGAGUUCAAGUCAUGGUCGCCGACUGUGACUAGUGCUGGUUCUGGUGGAGCUUUGGCAGCGGUUGCAGUUGCAGUGGCGGGAGCAGCUGUUGUCUGCUACAUUUACCACUCGAGGAGGGGUUGAUUUCGAGGUAGACUUUAUAUGAAUUUGAUUUCUUUGUUUCAAAAGUGUUUCCUACGUAACUUUCUUGUUCUGUGCUCGAGAAUUUGAUUGGUUUCACAAUUUUGGAGUCUUCUUUA